AAAAAAAAAAGACUGGAUUGGGGUUCUCUUCCUCUCUCCUGCUUACUUAAGGAGAGGUGCUGAGAAACAAUGCUGUCACCAAACAGCAGGUUCCAAAGCAAGCAGAAAUCAGCAUUUAUGGAGCACCUACUGUGUGCUGAGGCUCCCUUGUGUGGUACCUCCUUGAUCUUCUGGGGUAAGGCCACGGGGGAUGAAAUCCAACAGAGUAGAGUUUGUGUCUGGGUGUGCCGUGUCCUAGCUAAGCGGGACCUUGGGUGAGCAGCUUCAGCUGCUCUCAGCCCAGCUCGCACAUCUGUAUAAGGGGUCACUCAUUAGACUCACCCCAACAGGUAGCCGAUGGAAUCAGCAUGCCCACUCCAGCCAUGGCCGAACAGCCAGGCUCUGUGCCUCGUAGUGAGGAUGGACUGGCAAGCGGCCACUGCUGGUAAAUAACCCCAGGAGCUUGGCCUCGGUGUUCCUGUUAGGGGAGGGAAGUAAGAGUCACCGCCCCAAAGCCACCAGGGUGGAUGUCCUGACUCUGCCAUGCCCUUUCCACAAAGGCCUGCAGGGGACACAGCUGAGGUCACCGCCUCUGCCUAAGGUCAAAUAUAACCAACAGCCUUUGCUCCUCCCCUGAGAACAGGGAGAAACUUGACUGGGCCAUUAAGGGGUACAAGAGGCCCCCUUGUACCUGGUUGGGUACAUUAGUGGGGUACAUUAGGCCCCCUCAUCCUGGUUGGCUAAUCAACAGGGCCCAUUUUGAUUUUUCACCCCACCCAGCCUAGAAUCUUCCAAAAACCCAGAUAAUAGUUGCUUGGGGUUCUGUGCACUUUUUAUAGAAGAGCAUUGUGUUCAUUUACAAGGGCUGCUGUAACAAAUUACUACAAACUGGGGGGUUAAAACAACAGAAAUUUAUCCUGUUGUGGUUCUGGAGGCCAAAAGUCCAAAAUCAAGGGUCGGCAGGGCCACGCUGCCUCUGCAGGCGCUGGCGGAGGACCAUUCCUUGCUUUCUUCAGCUCCUGGGGGCUGCAGCGGUUCCUCAAUCUGCAGCUGCAUCUGUCUAAGCUCCGCCUCUGUCUCCACGUGGCUGGCUUCUCUUGGUUCCUGUCUCUUCUUAUAAGGGCAAUAGUCAUUAGAUUUAGGGCCCACCCUAAUCAAGUAUAACCUUAUCUUAAUUGAAUUAAAUCUGCAAAGACCUUAUUUCCAAAUAAGGUUACAUUCUGAGGUCUAAGCGACUCAUGUUUCCUUGGUCUUGACAGCUUGCUUUUCCCAGGGCCUCAGUUUUCAUCUCUGUAAAUUGGGGAUAAUAACCGCACCUUCCCUGUGAGGUGGUUGUGAAGAUAUCACCAUGCCAAUUAAUACUAGAGACCGACUAGUCCAAGGUCUCAUUAUUUGGACUAAGAGUCUGAGACAGGGAGAGGAGCUGUGGCUUUGAAGUGGUGAUGGGCCUAGAAUCAAGGCUGGAUCUGCUGACUCCAGAAGAGUGCUCUUUCCUCUAAAACGCAGCCCUGGUCCUCCUGGCAAUUGCCUGGGAGGGUCUGAGCCUUUUAAUAAUAAAGCUAACACUUAGGGAUGUAGGGGCUAACCUUCAACUGACCCUGUGAGGCAGAGACUGCUGUAAUCCGCAUUUUACUGUUAAGGAAACCAAGGCUGGGGCAGGUUUAAGUUACGAGUCCAAGGCCACAGGCACAUCCAAGUCUACCUCUUCCUUCCCAAGCCUCCUCUGUGCCUCACUUUCUCCAUCUUUAAAAUGUCAUCUACUCUGGGUUACCAGCUUUGAGGACCCUUCUCUCCAGCAGAAUCAUGCUGAGUGUUACAUAAACCCCAGCUCGCCCAGGGUUGGGGCGGGGGUGUCUCAGCUUUCCUAUCUCCUGUCCCUGACACUACGGAGACUUGAGAUUUUUACACAGACGGGAACUGUGUGUGGGGCGGUGAGCAAGUGAGAGUGUGUGUGUGUGCAUGUGUGUGUUUGCAACAAAUAUUUUAUAAUAGACAAGCCUCGUCUGCCACUUCUAAAAGUAGUGAAAAAAAAAACCACAAAAAAAAUGCUUUGAGAAAGUAAAAAUAACCCAACGCCUGAGUCACUGAAGUCACUGAACUCAGCUGGAACCUGCUGCCUCAGGCUGUGACUGCUUCAGCUGGCCUGGGGCAGCAGGCCCGGGGCCAGAAAUUUGGGGGACGGACACCUGAGCCUUUAGGGGGCAAAUCCCAGUUGUUAGUUUGUGGGUGAACUGCCCUUCUGCCUUUUUUUUUUUAAGCUGCAAGAGGAACUGUCUCUCUAAAAUGCUUUAUCUUCUUUCUCUUUUAAAAGUGACUUGACAAUUGAUAAUUUUGCCCUGGCGAUGGACACCUUAGAGCUUUUAUUUCUUGGAGGCCAAACAUUGAUGUUGUGUGAAAUGGGAGCUUGGCGGAGCCUUUGUGCGGAUCUCAGGCUUCCUGAAAAAUUUAUUUACUGUGACUGUGAUCCGCAGGAGCGAAUUGAUGUUUAUCUAUAGUCGUUCAUGCCAGCAAGGAGGGGAAAAAUGCAUAACUGCACUUUCUUCGGAAGCCUUGCGAGGCUGUUUAAAUAAGUAUCUAAUAGUGAACUUUCAAUAGCAGACAGGCAGUUUGACGGACAGGGUACAGUGUAUUAUUAACCAUAAGCAGGCUUAAUCUUUCCCCCACGUUUUAGAGGAAGCUUUAUAACCUUCUGGCCGAGGAAUUCAUGAGAACCAGGUAUUUGAAGCUAAGCAAAAUUAUCCCGGCCGUUCCAGUGGCAGAAUCGAUAACUCUGAGAGCUGCAUGGACAAGGGGAAGCAAAGUCUGCGGCUGGGCCCAGAGUGAGCAGCUGUGGCCACCUCCUUGUGGCCGAAGGUCGGGAGAAGUGGCCGGGGACCAGGAACAGGCAGGGGGAGGCGAGGGUCCUGCCUGGAGCCUGGUUGUCCUACCAGGUGAGUAACUUCUGCUGUUGCCGGAGCUUAGAGGGCUGGCUGGCAGGGACCAGGAACAGGGAUCUCUGUCUUCCCUCUGUGCCCUGGUGGCAGCAAUGCCCAGCCUUUGGUGGCAUCCACCUUUUUAAGCAAUAGAAAUGAUUUAUGUGCUUCUUCUAUGCAUAUCUGUCUUGCCCAUUGGGCCAGAGUUUUGUGUAGCCCGGAAGCUGUCUCGUUUAACCUGGAGGUUGCACUUGAUCGCUGGGAGAAGGUAGACUCUUAGUUAUGGGAUGCUCCCCUAGUUCUGGCCCUCAUCACCUUGGCAGUAACAGAGCCAUCAGUGUCUGUCUCUCCCCCAUGGGAGGCUCAGCCACAAGAGCCCGGGGACUCAUCACCUUCCCCUCAGACUCCCUGGCACCAAGCACCUCCUGGCAUUUCUUACCAUUUGCUCAUUGUUUGUUGAAUGACUGGCUGUAGGUUUUCCUGGGAGGAAACAGCUGUGGCAGAUAAACUUGGGAUCAGGUUCUGGUCUGUUUCCCACUGUGUGUCCUCAGGCAAGUGGCCUGCCCUCUCUGAGUCUUUGUUUCCUGGUCUUUAAAAUGUGGUAAGGGGGGAAGUGACUUCACCAUUUUAAGUCUGUUUCCUUAUUUGUAAAAGAAGCAUAACAAUGCUAUCUUUGAGGCUGCGAGGUCUGGCAAGAACUGGUGUUCAGUAAGGUACAGCCGUUCUUAUUGAAACCAUUAUUCUCAAUAUUACCGUCAUUGCCAUCGCUACUUUUUCUCUCCUUGACUCAAGGGAAACUCAUAGCCUCCAUUUUAUCUGCCUUGGACACUGUCACCCCCUUUCAGUGUCUCAAAGGCAUAAUGAGGGGACAUAUGAGUGCUCUAGAGGGUCAGAAAAUGCUGAGGCUGAAGCGCUUGGCACCAGAACUGGCCUGGCACGAGCCCCCGGGAAGGGCGGCAGCUCUCACGGACCUGCUCAGUGCUGGAGCUCAGGACCUGCUCCCCACGGGACUCUGAGCCUCCUGCAGCGAGGAGGUCAGUGGGUUGACAGUGAACAUGGGGGCAAGAGGCAGUGCUGCGGGCUAGGCCAAGCCUGAGUAGAGAGACUUGUGGUGAGCGAUGGCCCCAGGGUUAUCCAUGUCACUGAGCCCUCUGUCAGCAGGGAGAACCAAGAGCUGCUGGACGCUCAGAGCGCGACAUCACCAGAGCCUGGUUCCCAUUCUCAUGGCAGCAGAGGGUCCAUAAUGGAGCCUUUCUGAGUGGGUGAAGGGGAAUCAGACCUUGGUCUCAAGUUCCCUAAGUGGCUGAGCUGAGGUUCUUUGCCUGCCAUGCUCUACCCUACCCCAUCCUUUCUUCCUGCUCCCCUAGCAGCCAUUUGGGUUUUCCCAAAUUACUGUCACAAAGGCUACCAUGCAUGGAACAGAGUGGGGAGGCCAGGCCCUGUGCUGGGUGCUUCCUGUGCAGAAUUUUGGGAGCGUUCAUUGCCUAACACCCAUUUUCCAGAUGAGGAAACUGAGGCUUACAGAGGCAAAGUCACUUGCCCAAUGCCUCACAGCAUUGCCGUUGUCCGUCCCUCUUUUCUGAUGCCUUUAUGCCCCUACUUCCUUGCUCAGCUGCGUCUCUAGCUUCCAGAAAGCAGGGGUGGCUCCACCGCUGGGUGGGCUUGUGAUUAGAGCUGGAAUUGUCCAGGAGACCUGGCCAGAGGAGGCUGGGGGACAACAGAGCUCUUGGCUGCAGAGAGUGAGUCCCUAUUGUCAAGAUGGAAUGUGUUAAAUCCUAAAAGCAGGGUCUUGUCAACUCGGUGGGCAGAGCCCAGCAUCCCUGGAGCCCUCGCGCUGGGGUCCUUCCUGUUCCUCCUUGCGCUUACCCCUCCCUGACUUCUGCAGGGGCUCCGGUCCAGAUGCACCCAGGAAGUGAUGCAUGGGGCCCAUAGACAUGUGUGCAUCACCUGAGGCAGCUGGGUGUGGCCUUGGAGCGAAGACCCACAUUGUUCUGGGCUGAGCAUGAGGGUCUCAGAUGCUCAGGUACCUGUUUUGGGGUGAUGAGCCCCAGCUUCUUCCCCGCUUCCUGUUUCAUUUCAGGGGAGGGCCUCUUCUCACUGCUCGCCCAGUGUCCCUGAGCCCCAUACCUCCAGGCUGCAGCGCCGGGAGCCGGGGAGGAAGCAGAGGAGCCUGGAUCUUCCUUUUUGGAUUUACUUACUAGAAGCAAACUAAUACAAGAGCUUAGAGCAAGGCACGAGUAGCAGAGGGAGCUUAAAAAUUAUAUUAAUCACAAGCAGCAAUAACAUACAUAUUCAUGUGUCUACUCUGGGCCGGAUCUGGGGAGCUGCUAGAUAAAUAAGAUGGACUCCUGCUCUUAAGGGGGUCACUGGGUAGGGAGACCACCCGUCACAGCACAAGAUGGCGUUUUCCACAGCAGUGGGUACCGCUCGGCAGGCGCUCGUGUCAGGAGCAGGGAAGAAGCCUCGAAGAUACUGUGGCGGGUCUCAAAGGAUACGUAUGCUAGGCAGGGAAUUAGGGUGACUAUUUUAUACCCAGGAACAGCAUUGGACCCUUGGAAAAGCGUGGGAAUUGGCACAGAGGGUGAGACCUGGGCUCUGGGGCGUUGCAAAUCAUUUUAUUGGGAUCCGGGUGCGCUUGGAGUGAUUGGUGGGGGUGAGGUCAGGUGAGGGCCUCCUGGGCCACAGUGCAGAGUUUGGAUUCCCCCUCCCCUGAGGCGUGAGGGUGAGGAUUUGAGCUAUCGGAAGCCUUUGAAGGGUUUAAGCUGGGGACAGUAGUGACAGGAUACACUUACCUUUUACGAAGAGCUCUCAGGCCUCUUUUGGGUGGAGAAGGAGGGGUGUAGGGGGAAGAGCAGAGUUGGGAGGCAGGAGCUGCUGUGGUCAUCUGGUCUUGGCAUCAGGGCUGCCCAGGAGGGGCCAGUGAGGGACAUUUCCAAGGGAGACUCGUGCCCCUGAGGACGCUGAGGGUGUAUGAGCUGCCUACUGACAUUUCUCUUCUCCAUCUCAUGUUUUAAACUGAAGGCUUGGGGAGCCCCAGUUGGCAAUGUAAUAAAGUGUUAACAGUUGGAGACGGCUGGAGGGGGCUCUGUACCCCCAAACCCAGAGCAGAGAGGAUAGGAACAGAGCAGGAUGCUGCAGGGUCUUCCUUUCCCGGUUUCUCUGCAUGAGUCCAGAGGAGAAGACGCUGAGCCGUGCCCAAGGGAUCUGACCUUGGCUGGCACAAGCUGGCUGUUCGUUUAUUCAUUCAUUUGGCAGCCGCCUGUGGGGCUUAUGCUGUGCCUAGGCAGGGGAGGCAGGGAGCCCCCAGACAGGGACAGGCCAGGAAUGAGGCAGACAGAACCAGCCCGGGAAGAGCUGUGCCCUGAGCCUGGAGCCCCAGAGGCCUCUGGAGCUGAGGAGAGAUGCUCGACAUGGCCUGAAAGGUCAAGGAAGCUUCCUAGAGGAGGCUGCCUGCAUCAUGUGGCUCAGUGACGUAGGACCUGGGCUGCCCCAUUCAUUCCACGUGGGAUCCCAGACUCCAAGGUAUGGAAUGGAGUGACUUGGAAGCUCAGACCUCAAGGGUGACCAAGUCUAGCGCUGGCAGAGGCAGGAAAGUGUGCUCAAGGUAGAGGGAACAGCCUGGGCAAAGGCUUGGAGAUGGGCUUUGUGGUAUCACUGCUCAGAGUGCUGGGACCCCUAGGCGAGCAGGGUGGAGUGAGAGCUGGGGCGGAGACGAGGUAGUGCUGCAGUUUGGGGUCCGGACCUCUGAGCUCAUAAAAAUAGCUCAGGUUGCUUCCCCAGACUGCCGUGUGGUUUCCCUUCUUCCUUAAGUCCUUGCCAAGCCCGGAUCCAGGUUGGGUUGUUGCAGGGAGGUGUGAGGUGAGACUCCAGCGUGCAGGCAGGGCGGAUUGUGGGAGGAAUGUGGGGGUGGUGAAUGGCACCCCAGUUCCUGACCAGACCCUGCAUUUGUUGGGGGCAGACCUGCCAUUUGAAGGCCACCUGCCUCGGGUGUGGUGCUCACGUUGCAGAACAGAAUUGGAUCGGCGGGGAUCCUGGCUGAGGGGAGAGACAGAAUCUCUGGGGGAACUUGGGAGAUGUUUCUCUGCCAGAUUUGGGACUCCCGAUCUCACUGACCCCCUAACUGCUUUAUCGGGGGCCACGGGGAUGGUGUAAAAUCCAGCCCAGGUAGCCAGUGGGUCCCUGGGUCAGUGCCCCUCGUGCACAGUGACCCUGUGUCUCCUUGAUGCCCAAUGCAGCCAAUGGGCAGCCCAGGCGGCGAGGUACCGUCUGGCUGUAUCGAGAGCCAAAGAGAAGGAGCUUAAUUCCGUCGCUUCCGAGCUGUCUGCGCGGCAGGAGGAGAGUGAACAUUCUCAUAAACAUUUAAUUGAACUCCGCCGGGAAUUUAAGAAAAAUGUACCUGAGGAAAUCAGAGAGAUGGUGGCUCCUGUAUUAAAAAGCUUCCAAGCCGAGGUGGUGGCCCUUAGUAAGAGAAGUCAGGAGGCGGAGGCCGCUUUUCUGAGUGUUUACAAGCAAUUAAUUGAAGCACCAGACCCCGUGCCUGUGUUCGAAGCGGUUCGCAGCCUAGACGACAACAGACUGCAGCCCCCCAGCUUCAACCCCAGUGGGCAGCCCCGGCGAGACCUCCACGCUUCGUGGAAGAGGAACCCCGAGCUCCUUGGCCCCAAAGAGCAGAGAGAGGGGACGUUGCCUGCCGGGCCCACGCUGACCGAGGGGAGCCGCCUCCCAGGCAUUCCUGGGAAAGCCCUCCUGACAGAAACCUUGCUGCAGAGAAAUGAGGCAGAGAAACAAAAGGGCCUUCAGGAAGUACAAAUCACUUUGGCGGCCAGACUGGGGGAGGCAGAGGAGAAAAUCAAAGUCCUACAUUCAGCGUUAAAGGCCACGCAGGCGGAACUGCUGGAGCUGCGGCGGAAAUACGACGAGGAGGCGGCAUCCAAGGCAGAUGAAGUCGGCCUGAUCAUGACCAACCUGGAGAAAGCCAAUCAGCGAGCAGAGGCUGCCCAGCGCGAGGUGGAAAGUCUCCGGGAACAGCUGGCCUCUGUCAACAGCUCCAUCCGCCUGGCUUGCUGCUCCCCCCAGGGGCCCAGUGGGGAUAAAGUGAACUUCACGCUGUGCUCGGGCCCUCGGCUGGAGGCAGCGCUGGCCUCCAAGGACAGGGAGAUCCUGCGGCUGCUGAAGGACGUGCAGCACCUCCAGAACUCUCUGCAGGAGCUAGAGGAGACCUCCGCCAACCAGAUCGCUGACCUGGAGCGGCAGCUCACGGCCAAGUCCGAGGCCAUAGAGAAGCUGGAAGAGAAGCUCCAGGCGCAGUCUGACUAUGAAGAAAUUAAAACGGAGCUGAGCAUCCUGAAGGCCAUGAAGCUGGCUUCCAGCACCUGCAGCCUCCCCCAGCCGUGCAUCCUGUCUCCCCAGUGCAUGGCCAAGCCCGACGACUCGCUGCUCAUGGCGAAGGAGGCCUUCUUCCCCACGCAGAAAUUCCUCCUGGAGAAGCCCAGUCUCUUGGCCAGCCCUGAGGAAGACCCUUCGGAGGACGAUUCCAUCAAGGACUCGCUGAGCACGGAGCAGUCCUACCCCUCCCCGCAGCAGCUCCCACCUCCCCCGGGGCCGGAGGAUCCCCUGUCCCCCAGCCCUGGGCAGCCCCUGCUGGGCCCUGGCCUGGGGCCCGACGGCCCUCGGACUUUCUCGCUGUCCCCCUUCCCUGGCCUGGCCCCAGGGGAGAGACCGAUGAUGCCCCCGGCCACCUUCAAGGGAGAGGCGGGCAGCCUGCUGGCAUUCCCUCCUGCCUUCUAUGGCGCCAAGCCCCCCACGGCCCCCGCCACCCCAGCCCCUGGCCCCGAGCCACCCGGGUGCCCCGAACUUGCAGACAGUGGCGGGGGCAGCACGGCCGGGGCCGGGACGGAGGAAGAGCAGCUGGACACAGCAGAGAUCGCCUUCCAGGUGAAGGAGCAGCUGCUCAAACACAACAUCGGGCAGCGGGUGUUUGGCCACUACGUGCUGGGGCUGUCGCAGGGCUCAGUCAGCGAGAUCCUGGCCCGGCCCAAGCCAUGGCGCAAGCUCACGGUGAAGGGCAAGGAGCCCUUCAUCAAGAUGAAGCAGUUCCUGUCGGAUGAGCAGAACGUGCUGGCUCUGAGGACCAUCCAGGUGCGGCAGCGAGGCAGUAUCACCCCCAGGAUCCGCACACCGGAGACGGGCUCGGACGAUGCCAUCAAAAGCAUCUUGGAGCAGGCCAAGAAGGAGAUCGAGUCACAGAAGGGGGGUGAGCCCAAGAACUUGUCGGCCCCACUGGGCAUCACCAACGGCACGGCCUCCGCCAACACCUCGGAAGAUGCCAUCAAGAACAUUCUGGAGCAAGCGCGCCGUGAGAUGCAGGCGCAGCAGCAGGCCCUGCUGGAGAUGGAGGCGGGUCCCCGUGGCCGCUCAGUGCCCCCCUCGCCCCCGGAGCGGCCCUCGCUAGUGGCCGGGAGCCAGAACGGGGCCCCGGCCCACGUCAAGCAGGAGGACGGCAGUGCGGGCGCGGGCGUCGGGGCUGCGCAGACGCCCCUCACCGUCCUGUCCCCGGCCGCCUUCGUGCAGAGCAUCAUCCGCAAAGUCAAGUCCGAGAUCGGCGACGCCGGCUACUUCGACCACCACUGGGCCUCGGACCGCGGCCUGCUCAGCCGCCCCUACGCCUCUGUGUCGCCCUCACUGUCCUCCUCCUCCUCCGGCUACUCCGGCCAGCCCAACGGGCGUGCCUGGCCUCGUGGGGACGACGCCCCAGCGGCCACUGAGGACGAGACAGCAGGGGGCGAGGAGGAGCCCCCCAGGGUGGGCGAGCCCAAGGCCGAGGGCGGCGUCCCCGAGGCGGGCGGAGGGCGGCUGGCCUACUACCCAGCCUACGUGCCGCGCACCCUGAAGCCCACCGUGCCGCCCCUGACGCCCGAGCAGUACGAGCUGUACAUGUACCGCGAGGUGGACACGCUCGAGCUGACCCGCCAGGUCAAGGAGAAGCUGGCCAAGAACGGCAUCUGCCAGCGCAUCUUCGGGGAGAAGGUGCUGGGCCUGUCACAGGGCAGCGUGAGCGACAUGCUGUCCCGGCCGAAGCCGUGGAGCAAGCUGACGCAGAAGGGGCGCGAGCCCUUCAUCCGCAUGCAGCUGUGGCUGUCGGACCAGCUGGGCCAGGCCGGGGCGCAGCAGCCCAGCGCCGCGCAGGCCAGCCCCACGGAACCAAGACCCUCACCGUCGCCACCCCCCAGUCCCACGGAGCCCGAGAAGAGCUCCCAGGAGCCCCUGAGCCUGUCACUGGAGAGCAGCAAGGAGAACCAGCAGCCGGAGGGCCGGCCCGGUGCCUCGCUGGGCGGGAAGGUGUACUCGGGCGGCCAGGCCACAGGGGGCAUCCAGGAGAUUGUGGCCAUGUCCCCAGAGCUGGACACGUACUCCAUCACCAAAAGGGUCAAAGAGGUCCUCACCGACAACAACCUAGGUCAGCGGCUGUUUGGGGAGAGCAUCCUGGGCCUCACUCAGGGCUCCGUGUCUGACCUGCUGUCCCGGCCCAAACCCUGGCACAAGCUGAGCCUGAAGGGGCGGGAGCCCUUUGUCCGCAUGCAGCUGUGGCUCAGUGACCCCCACAACGUGGAGAAGCUGCGGGACAUGAAGAAGCUGGAGAAGAAAGCCUACCUGAAACGCCGCUAUGGCCUCAUCAGCACCGGCUCGGACAGCGAGUCCCCGGCCACCCGCUCCGAGUGCCCCAGCCCCUGCCUGCAGCCGCAGGACCUGAGCCUGCUGCAGAUCAAGAAGCCGCGCGUGGUGCUGGCGCCCGAGGAGAAGGAGGCGCUGCGGAAGGCCUACCAGCUGGAGCCCUACCCCUCGCAGCAGACCAUCGAGCUGCUGUCCUUCCAGCUCAACCUCAAGACCAACACCGUCAUCAACUGGUUCCACAACUACAGGUCCCGAAUGCGCCGGGAGAUGUUGGUGGAGGGGACCCAGGACGAGCCAGACCUCGACCCGAGUGGGGGUCCUGGCAUCCUACCCCCAGGACUCUCCCACCCGGACCCUACCCCGCAGAGCCCCGACUCUGAGGCUGAGGACCAGAAGCCCACCGUGAAGGAGCUGGAGCUGCAGGGGGGCUCUGAGGAGAGCAGCACAGCCCCGGCCGCCCAGGACGCGGACCAAGUGACGAUCAAGCAGGAGCAGACGGAGGAGGACGCCGAGGAGGAGGAGGAGGUGGGCGGCCAGCCCCAGGACUUAGGGGAGCCGGACAAAGGCCACGGUCCCCCCAAAGAGGAGCAUCCAGACCCUAAGAGUGACAACGGACUCCCAAAAGUGGCCCCAGGGCCCCUCAUUCCAUGCGGAACCACCCCAGACUGCCCAUCGCUGUGUCACCCCCAGGAAAGUGAGGCCAGGGAGCGGCUUCACUCGGACCCUCUAAGUUUCAAGUCAGCCUCGGAGUCCUCACGCUGCAGCCUGGAGGUGUCACUGAACUCACCGUCGGCCGCCUCCUCACCAGGCCUCAUGAUGUCUGUGUCACCCGUGCCCUCCUCCUCAGCCCCCAUCUCCCCAUCCCCACCUGGCGCCCCCCCUGCCAAAGUGCCGAGUGCCAGCCCCACCACUGACACAGCCGGAUCCUUGCACCCCAGCGCUAAGGUGAACCCCAACUUGCAGCGGCGGCACGAGAAGAUGGCCAACCUGAACAGCAUCAUCUACCGACUGGAGAGGGCUGCCAAUCGGGAGGAGGCGCUGGAGUGGGAGUUCUGAAGGCAGGGGCGAGGGCGAGGGACAUACCCCGGUGACUCCCUCCCUUCUCUCGCUCACUCUCCACACAGGUUGGGGUGAGGGAGGGAGGAGCUCAACCAUCAAUAUGUGGACAGCAAUGUUAUGCCGUUUACGGUUUUUGUUGUCAUCCUAGUUCCAUGAAGUUGUGAGUGAACAGGUGGGCCGGAUGCCAUUGCCAGCACGCCUGCCCCAGGGAGUGCCAGGAACCCUGCUCCUUCGCCAGCCUGACCCUUCUGCAGGAGGCAGAAGCAAAAUACCGCCACAUUUUCAUCUGAAAACUCCAAACUCUUUUAGAAAAAGAAAUAAAUAUUUAUAGACCUCUUUUAGAUAUUUUAAUAAAGGAUCCUUUGGAAUUUAUUUCCAGCUGAUGCUGUUUUGAUAUUACAGAGAGUUAUAAAAUCAGGAUGCUGUCACAACUGUUACGAAGUAUACACUGAAGUUGUGUCGUUUUUUGCCACUAGAUGAGAUUAAAAGAAGACAAUUGUUCAAAGCCAUCACAAAACACUAUAAGACUGACCAAAAUUUAGAUGACCUUUGGACCGCGGUUUUCCCCACUCCUGUCUGUGAGACACAGCGCACUGCUACUGCCCUCCAGAGGCCGAGCUGGAGAGAAAGUCCGAAAGACUCUAAACGAACACCUGGAUGCCGUUGAGGACGUGUUUCAUUCUGGUGGUCUGUGUCGCACCCCUGACUGCACAGAGCGUCCCGGGCCGUUGUAAAUGUUGUAGAGAUGUGGGCUGUGGCCCGGCCGUCCCACACGCGAUGUAGCAUGGUGCAGAACAAACUGCUUACACCCCUCUAGUUAGGAACCGUGGCCGCGGAGGUCGGACAUCCAUCUUGUCCAGUGGGAGACAAGACGCGUUUCCAGAUCCUUUGAGAAGCUGGGCUUCGGGGCGGGUGCUUGGAGAGUGGCGCUCGGCCAGGGCCCCCCUUCUCUCCCCAGCCUGAGUCUCUCAGCCCGGGAAGCUUCCCUAUGGUAUGAGCAUGGGCUUUCCAGGGCAAGACGUGCUUUCCAGAGCAAGGUGGCCACUAUCUUCCCCUCCUUACUUUCUCCGAAAGUGACAGUGUCUGUCACGCCACGGACACUGAAGCUUGGCAGCCAGCGCCAAGAAGUAGGUUCAUCAGACCAGAGGCCCUGGCUCCCCUUCCCAGCACCCCCUCAAGCGGCCCGCUGCUGUUUCUGGAAGGCGCCUGCAACUCCAGCCCGUGCAGAAGCCCUGAGGCUGAGACCGUCGCGGCGCGUCCACUGCAGCUCGGCGGCCUCCAAGUCCCCUCCCACCUCCCCGCGCAUGACCUGCUGGGGCUCCGGGCUCGGCCGACUCAGAGGAGCCCCUGCUCGAGCGCCUGCUGGAGGCCCCAGGGAGGGAGCUCCCAGCGGUUGGACCGCUGCUGCCGCCGUGGUUGUUGACUCUUGCUCUCUUGCUUUUGUUGUUUUCCCAAAACCCUCCGUGGGGAGGCUGACGGGCGACUCCCUGGGAUGAAGAUGAGAAGGUCACCAGGGUGGGCGCCAGUCCCUGCCGGGAGGAGAGACAGCCGCCGCUGGGGGCUUCAGGGAUGCAACGAGCAUUUUAAAACCACAUGGGCAAAACCCAGCGACCAGAAGGGGGCAGGAAAAAAGGACUGUUCCAGAAAUCCCGACUGCCGAGCACCCGGCCCAGCCUGCCAUCUCCACACCAAACACUCAACACCACCACAAACCCCGAAGGAAAACCUCCUUUCCAGACACCCAGGCUAUGCAUUGAAGAGUUUUCCACUGUAUACAUUUUUAUCCAGAUGAAGGUAUUUUUAUAUUUUGACACUAGGAAACAGUGACCAAUUUUCAGAGCAAUCAAAUCUGGAACAAAGGAAACAUCUCCUCUUAGCCGCCACCAUGUUGCAACUGAGACGCGCGUGGGAGAGCACGCCACUUCUUACUGCUGGCUCCAACGGCGCUGAGCCCGGGCCACUCGCAGACUCCAGUCCCCAGAGAACUAAGUCUGGCUUCAGUGUGACGGGAUUUGACGAAGCACUUAGUCUAGUCUUUGGAACACAGAAAUCCUGUUGUACCUAAAGCCGCGGGCCUGUGAACAACUUUGUCAGGUUCACGUCCUAUAACGGUUUAAAAAAAAAAAAGAAAAAGAAAAAAACCCCACACAAAACCGUUUCUAUGAGAGAUUGAUGAACUUUGUUUAAAAUUUUAAAAAAAGGAACACGUUGUGUAAACGAGUCGCUAAAUACAGAAUUGUAUAAUAAU